AUCUGCCUUUUCUUUGCCGAUUCUUGUGCGUUGCCUUCUCGCACUGCCUUGAGUGCGGUAGUGAUUUUGUGUGUCCAUGUUUCCUCUUGAUGUUUGGUUACCGCGUCGUGCUAAGCUCAAAUGAGUAGGAGAUUACCUUGCUCCGUGUGGAGUUGUCUUUUGAUGAAGAAGGGUGUUCGAGGUAGGGCGGGCCUUUUUUCUUGAGCUUCAGGAAAAUAGAUGAGUGGUCGGAGAUGGAGGUGUGAGCGGGCUAUCUCCCGAUUAUACCUCCUCUUUCUUGUAUUUCCGAGGUGACAUAGGCUCUGUCGAUACGAUUAGCUAGCAUAUGAGGGUGUUGGCGUCUAUUGUCCCUUAUGUAGCGCUUCUGAUUCAUAUGUCGAAAUACACCCAUGUAAAAUUUGUCUUGCAAACCUAGUUGUAUUAGUAGUGUUGUCCAUGAUUCGUUUUCCCGUGGACCUUUGCCCGUCGUGGGGUUACCUCCGAGCUUGUCAGAGAGGUCCUCAAUUGAGUUACAAUGCCCCAUCAUUAUCCAUUUGGUCUCGGAGAGGGGGAAGUCGGCAAUUUUCUGCCAUAAGCUGGCUCCAGGGCCUAUGUAGCUAUAUCCAUAAAUAUUUAGGAUGCCAACUUUCUCAAAGGCAGAGUUGAGAUACGUGAGGUACUGUGCUCUUCCCUGUACUAUUACCCCGUGUUCGCAGAUUGAGUUUGUGAUUGCAAUGAUCGCAAACUUGUAUGAGGCAAUGAUCGCAGUACCACCUGCGUAGCUAUCAUCAUAUGCUGAAUAUCCUCCUUCCUUCCAUAAGACGGCACCCGUGAGAAGAUUCAUCUGGACUGUUCUUGCGAUACAUUUCGUUAAUGUGAGCCUCUCUUCUUGUAAUAGUAUGAUGUCGGGUUGUAGAUGUGAGAUAUGGAGAAGAUCUCGGAUCUUGCGGCGUUUGCGCCUGCCGUUCAGGCCUCUGCCGAGGCACUGGAUAUUGUAAGAAGCUAUUGUGAGCUGAUCAAACAUCGGUAGAUGUCUGGUGCUCUUGCACGGCUUCCGUUCUGGAUUCAAAUAAUGCGGUGGGGCCUGGGCUGGGAUUGUGAUUGCUGCUGAAGGUUGUAUAAUGAGUUUGGAUUGUUUCUAGUUCUGACCUCCAAUCUUCGGGAGCGAUUGCUUGUAGUCGUUGUAGUAACGGGACUGCAGGGUCUCUCGUGCUCUUGAGUUGUGAGGAUUUCCAAUGGAUUUGGCCGACUCUUUUGAUUUUGGUUGUGGCUGCAUCAAAUGGGACGAGUGUAAACCAGGUCAUUUGUUGUUCAUUAGCCCUGGUUUGUGGGAUCCAUAUGGUAUCUUACCAUUGUCGUAGUGGAUUGGGUCCACUGCUGCGAUUGAUUACUUCCUUGCGUAAUGCGUGCAUGGCCAGGUUUGUCAUAUGUAUUUGAGCUCCCACACGAGUCCAAGCAGUUUCUCCCUCUAGCUGAUGUAUGGCUGUGGUACAUAGGUGGAUUUCCUAGUCCGCUUGUUUCAACGUGAGAAUCUCGAUGUUCUGAGAUCGUUGCAGUGAUCCCUCAGAGUGUUCUGGGUUGUGUGUUGUUGUCGGUUGUAUGGUACUGUUAUCUUGUGGGGCUUUCCGGAGACGUUCCUUCUCUUGUGUUGAUUUCGGGACUAAGCAGUUGCGGACAUGGUGAGUAUUACUGCGGCAUCUGCUUCAUUGCGUUGGGAGGCUGCUAUAUUCUAUUUGACACGAGGACGUAGGUGGUGAUGUUCCGGCUCCUAAGCCCUCGAAUGGAAACAUUAUGAGACAGGAGCUCGGAAACCCAUCAUUAGGGGAAAUGGACUGGGCGCGAAACGAAACGGUGCCUGAGAUUGAUAUGCAUAGAGAAGAUGAUGCUGAUCCACUGCAGCGCCAAGUGCACCCUAUCCUUCCGCUAUACCAACUGAGCUACGACGGCCGGAUGAAUAUGCUGCGGGGACUGAGCUUUUCCCUAUUCCUCAUCAACCUAGCAGCAAUUCUCGAAAGAGCUGACGAAUCUCUACUCCCAGCUGUUUACAAGGAAGUUUCAGAAGCUUUCAAGGCCAGUCCCUCUGAAUUGGGCAGUCUCACCUUCAUCCGAACCAUAGUGCAAGCCGUAUGUUCUCCUCUGGCUGGAAUCCUUGCAAUGCGCUACUACCGGCCUUCGGUUAUAGGACUGGGCACUCUCUUCUGGGCCGUUUCAACAGCUGUUGUGGCUCUGUCCUUUACUUUCACCCAGUGUGCAUUCUCUCGGGCACUCAACGGGAUUGGUCUUGCCAUUGUAGUGCCGGCCUUGCAAUCCUUCAUUGCAGAUAGUCACUCAGAAGCUGGUAGAGGGAUGGCCUUUGGAUGGCUGAAUUUGGUUGGAAGUGUGGGAGGGAUAGCCGGCAGUGGAAUAGCUACCGUCAUGGCAGGCUAUGGCAGUAUUUGGGGUAUUGCAGGCUGGCGCGUUGCAUUUCUUCUGGUAGCCUCUGUGAGCUGUGUUAUUGGAUGGGUGGUUCAUAUUUUUGUUCUGGAUCCACGGGACAAUGCAGUUUCCGGCUCCAGCAGCUACAGGGAGUUCGACGGACGCUUUGCAUCUAGAUUCAAGACCGAUGAGAAGGUGGGAAAGAGCAUUCAGAGCGCGUGGUUGGAUGCUUGGAUUGCAAUCAAAGCGGUGAUGAAAGUGCGAACAUUUCAGAUUAUCGUCAUGCAGGGUCUAGUGGGAUCAUUGCCAUGGACGGCUAUGGUUUUUUUCACAAUGUGGUUGGAGCUUAUUGGUUUUGGACACAAAGCUGCAGCAAGCCUAAUGAGCCUAUUCUCCGCUGGCUGUGCAAUUGGAGCGGUGUCAGGGGGAUGGUUAGGAGAUCGAGCGGAGCAGAAAUUUCCUGGAAAAGGCCGAAUCAUGUGUGCUCAAUUUUCUUCCUUCAUGGGCAUCCCAUGCUCUUUAAUUCUACUGCAUAUCCUCCCCCAGGACCCUGAACGGUGGGCCAUGUUUGCAUCGAUGUUCAUUUUCAUGGGCCUGACUAUCAGUUGGUGUCAAGCCUGUGCAAACAACCCCAUGUUUGCAGACGUAGUGCCUGAGGAGCAAAGAACAGUGAUCUAUUCUUUCGACCGUGCCUUCGAAGGAGGUUUGGGAGCUCUGGCUGCGCCCCUUGUGGGUAUUUUAGCUGAAAGGGUUUAUGGCUACAGGGCUCACAUGGUUAUCCCCGAGAAUGGCUCUCCCGAGGAGGCUCUAGCUCUCUCCCGCGGCCUGUUUGCAGUUAUGGCCAUCCCCUUCGGUCUCUGCUGCUUAUGUUAUACACCGCUUUAUUUUACCUAUGCUAAAGAUAAAGAAGAGGCUCGUGCUCAUAACUCCAAACACCAUGCGUACAGACCCUUGAGGGAUGAAGAGUCAUCGCUCUGGAAGUUGUAAAUAAGUCUACAUUUUGUGACGAUGUAUGUAUUCUUUCCUAAACUAAGCUACUCAUUUUUCCACUCAGAUUUGGAGUGUCUUUUUAUAAGAAGCAUCAA